AUGCUCAAAGUAGCAGACGUCCAUCAAUACUCCAAGCCAGGAUGGCUUACCCUGUACAUUGCCAACAUGGCAGAUUACAGAGGACCUAUCUCUCUUUCACAUUCUCGAGACCACUCCAACACCUCCGAAGACGAAGAGGACGACCACCACAGCCCUAGAACUGCCCCUCCCCGCGUCGGAACCACCAGUUACGAUUCUCCGUCAAUGCAAAAGAUCACAACCACGUCCAAAAUUUGUCGCGGAGAGGUUUCGACUCGAAAGCCUCGAGGUCGACCACCUGGGUCAAAGAACAAGCCCAAACCACCAGUCGUGGUGACCAGAGAGAGCGACUCCGCCAUGAAACCAACCGUUCUCGAGAUCUCCGCUGGGUCUGAUAUCAUAGACAUGGUGGUCCAGCUCGCCCGGCGACGCCAUUUAGGUUUCACCAUCUUCAGUGGCUCUGGGUCUGUCUCCAACGUCACGCUCCGCCACCCAGGAUCUCACGCGCCAUCUCUGACCCUCCAUGGACCCUUCAACAUCCUCUCUCUCACCGGAACUUUUCUGGGUUACUCUUCUUCUUCAUCAUCUUCUCUCUCUUCCACUUGUUUUGGUAUAUCUCUAGCAGGGGGUCAAGGACAGGUCUUUGGAGGAAUAAUUGCCGGGAAGGUCACGGCGGCAAGUACAGUGGUGCUGGUGGGUGCUACAUUCAUGAACCCAACGUUUCAUAGACUUCCCGGCGAGUUUGAGGAGUCUGAGAAUCAAGCAAAGCCUCCGCCUAGUGGUGGUGGUGCAAGUGAGGGUGGAUCCAAUACAGAGAUGUCUAUGAGUGUAUUUGGUGUGGCUGCACCACAGCCAUUGAACUCAUGCCAGGUCUCUUCUCCUGAUCAUCAUGUUUUGCCUUGGGGUCCCACGUCUCAUUCCCAACCUCCUUACUAA